GCAGGGUUCGCGAUCGCACGCCACGUGACUCGGCUGCCGAGUCCGCCAGGGAGUCUGACCCAAGUUUGAAUCCGACUCGGGGGCUUUCUGCAGCCGGCGUGGCAGCGCGGCGGACACGGCCUCGCAGCAGCGCCCCCACGACCCAGCCCGCCAGCCUGGAGCCCGGCCUUCCCACGGCCGCGAGCCCGCCGCCCCCAGCGCCCCCGCGCGCCCCGCAGCCUCCCGGCCAGGGAGCCGAACCCCUCCACCGCGCCCCGCCGCUCCAGCAUGUCCUCGACGGAGAGCCCCGGCCGCACCUCGGACAAGUCUCCUCGCCCACAGGUGGACCGCCUGCUCGUGGGACUGCGCUGGCGGCGCCUGGAGGAGCCGCUGGGCUUCAUCAAAGUUCUCCAGUGGCUCUUUGCUAUUUUCGCCUUCGGGUCCUGCGGCUCUUACAGCGGGGAGACGGGAGCCAUAGUUCGCUGCAACAACGAAGCCAAGGAUGUGAGCUCCAUCCUUGUUUUGUUCGGCUAUCCCUUCAGGUUGCACCGGGUCCAGUAUGAGAUGCCGCUCUGUGAUGACGACUCCACCUCCAAAACCAUGCAUCUCAUGGGAGACUUUUCUGCCCCAGCUGAGUUCUUUGUGACCCUUGGCAUCUUUUCCUUCUUCUAUACAAUGGCUGCCCUAGUCCUCUACCUGCGCUUUCACAAACUCUACACAGAGAACAAACGCUUCCCGCUGGUGGAUUUCUGUGUGACUGUCUCCUUUACCUUCUUCUGGCUGGUUGCUGCAGCUGCCUGGGGCAAGGGCUUGACUGAUAUCAAAGGGGCCACCCGGCCAUCCAGCCUGACGGCAGCUAUGUCCGUGUGCCACGGGGAGGACGCAGUGUGCAGCGCCGGGGCCACCCCCUCAAUGGGACUGGCUAACAUCUCAGUGCUCUUCGGCUUUAUCAACUUCUUCCUGUGGGCUGGAAACUGUUGGUUUGUGUUCAAAGAGACCCCGUGGCAUGGACAGGGCCAGGACCAGGGCCAGGGCCCCAGCCAGGAGAGUGCAGCAGAGCAGGGAGCAGUGGAGAAGCAGUAAGAAGCCCUCAUCUGGCUACUCCUGAACUGGACAACACCUCUUCAUCAUCAUCUCCUCCUCCUCUUUCUCCUCCUCCUCCUCCAGCUCCUUUCCCCCAUCAUCCUGGACUUUGAGAUUUGAGACAAUGGAUGAGUAGGCAUCAGCUAUUGGUAACCUGGGUAUCCCUCCACUGGCUCCCUAUCCCUCCUCCUGCAAAUGGCAGGACCUCAGUGCUUCUUGGCUACUGCCUGGACUCAAGCAUCUUACUUGGGGAAGUCAACUGGCAACUUUGCCCUGAUUCCUGUGUGGAGGGCCUGGCAGAGGUUUUGUGACAUCCCCCAAUGGCUGUCAUCUAGUCUGUAGCUAAUCUCUAGCCCCCCACCCUACCUCCAGAGCUCAGUGUGCCCCCCAAUCUCCUCUCUGGCCUGUUUGUCUGUAGCUCCCGCCAUGUGUGAAACAGGGAGACCCAUAUCAAGGGGUCCUCCAAGGCUCCAUAUGAGGCCUGGACUCAGAGGGAGCAGACAGAGUUGCAAUUGUGUUGCAGCUUCCAGGAAAAAAGUCAGGAAAGUUGCUGGCAGAAUGUGGUUUCUGCCCCCUCAGUCCUCCCUUUCCCUCAGCUGGAACACUUUCAGUAGCACCCUAAACUCCACCUACUCAUGAAACCCCUUAUUCCCUUCUCCUUCUUGGCCUUGGUUUUGUCUCACACUUAGGAAACAAGAUAGACAGCUAGGAACGUUUUCCCUUCAUUCUCCUACCCCCAAUACACCUGUCAGCCCAUCUCCCUUUCCCAACCUAUUGGAGACGAGGCUUUUAAGAGUUUUUUUAAAGUCUGCCCAGGCCUUCCUUUCAUUCCUGUGGGCUUUGGGAGGGCCUGAAGGACCAUCAUGAGGCUGAGGUGCCCAGGGAGGACGUGGAUACAUGGGCCCACAUGUCCCUUACUGUCUGCUCAGUUUCUCAAAGCAGCACUUUUUCACACCUUCUCUUCCCCAUCUUUACAAAGAGGUGUUCUCUCUCCUCAUCUCCCCAAGUCCUCCCUUGCUUCCAUACGGUAGCCAGGCUCCAUCCUUCCCCGGUCCUGGGCAGCCCGAUGCUAUUGGUGCUUCUUCACUUCGGGAUCCAGUUCCAUAUUUGUCUUUGAUGUGUCUCCUCUUCCUGGCACCUCCUUCCAUCAUCCCUCCUUGGGCCCCAAGGUCUGAGGGUACCAACUGGGUAAAUGCCAUCUGCCUCCUACCCAGAUCAAAACCCCCUGAUCUACCCUGGCAAUAGGGAAAGAUGAAGAAGGAAGAAAUCAUCCAUUUCCCAAUUUAGUGCCAGUUGGCCCACUGAGCAUCCCAAAGAUGGAGAUGUUCUGUGCCAACCUGUCCUUAAGACAUGGUCAACCCUCUCCAACCUCCUUGCCUUCCUCAAUACUACCCACAUCGAGAUGGGUGCCCGGGGCUUAGAACCCUUAACUUUUGGGCCAUUCAUUUCUUCUUUGGGUUACAAUUCUCAGCUUCACAGGAGAAGUAUGAUAUUUAUACUCUUCCACAUGCCCCCAAGUCCUUCAGGAAAAAAAAAAAAGGAAUUUUUUGUUUCCUCUCUUAGAUUUUAGGGGUAAGCUUUAACGAGGAGGAAGGUUGAUGAGAGCGAGAAUGUUCCCAAAUCUGACACUCUCUAUCCUAAGUUGUCCCCAUGUUUACUUAAGGACAAGAGGGACAGUUUUGCCUACAGCUCUAAAGAUACAUUUUUCUUCAAGCAAGCCCCUGUGGGGAAUCUGUGAGCAGCUUCUACUUGAACUGUGUUUGGGAUCUGCGUCUAUAUUUAUAAUUUAUCUGAACGUGAUGGAUAAAGUGUUCUCCUUUGGAGCCUAAGUUAGCAACUGGCCCAUUAACUGCUUUAGGAAGGAGCUGUCCGCUUCCAGUGAGCACUCUCACUCCAGAGAGAGCUCUCUCUAGGGUUGAGAAGGCUCUUCCUCACUAAGUGUCCAGCUACGGCCAGAAGAGCCUUUAUAGUCUAUGGCCUCUCUUUCCAUGAUCACCCUAAGAGGAAAGACCAGUUCACCUCAUUACCUUCAGAGGGCUGGGUAGGGCUAAGUGCCAAGCGCAGGGCUGUCCUCAUAAGACUCACAUCCUCUCCAACCAGGCCUGGCAGCACCACUUUGCAUAGUCAGUCACUUCGCCUGAGGUAGGAGUAGGUGUCUGGUUUCUCUAGCUGUUGCAGGAGGCCAACAAGCAGGGAACUCGCCCUUUGCCCUGGUAGAGUCUGACCAUGAGGAGAUGCCCAUCCAGGACCUUUCUGAGACAUGAGUUCUCUUCAUCCUGACCAUGGGUCUCCUCUUUCUGAGAUUGCAG